GCCCCGCCCCCGGCACACUCAGCGAGGUUAGGGAGGUCCUGGCUUCCCACGCCUGUCGCGGCAAGAUGGCGGUGGCGCACGAAGUGAAUGGAGCUGUUCCCGCGUCGGAUUUCUGAUGAUCAGACUUGUCUACAAGAAGUCAGCUAGCAAGGCUGCUUUUCUCUGCUAAAGCUGAGAAGCUGAUUGACAUCAUGAAAGUCUUCUGCGGGCGGGCCAAUCCGACCACAGGAUCUGUGGAGUGGCUGGAGGAGGAUGAGCAUUAUGACUACCACCAGGAGAUUGCAAGGUCAUCCUAUGCUGAUAUGUUGCAUGACAAAGAUAGGAAUAUGAAAUACUACCAGGGCAUCCGGGCUGCUGUGAGCCGGGUGAAGGACAGAGGACAGAAGGCCUUGGUUCUUGACAUUGGCACUGGCACAGGACUCUUGUCAAUGAUGGCGGUCACAGCUGGUGCCGACUUCUGCUAUGCCAUUGAGGUUUUCAAGCCUAUGGCUGAUGCUGCUGUGAAGAUUGUGGAGAAAAACGGCUUCAGUGAUAAGAUUAAGGUUAUCAAUAAACAUUCCACUGAGGUGACUGUAGGACCAGAUGGUGACAUGCCAUGCCGUGCCAACAUCCUGAUCACGGAGCUGUUUGACACGGAACUGAUUGGGGAGGGAGCCCUGCCCUCCUAUGAGCAUGCACACAGGCACCUCGUGCAGGCAAAUUGUGAAGCAGUGCCUCACAGAGCAACCGUCUAUGCGCAGCUGGUAGAGUCCAGGAGGAUGUGGUCGUGGAAUAAGCUGUUUCCCAUCCGUGUUCAGACCAGCCGAGGAGAGCGGGUCAUCAUCCCCCCCUUGGAACUGGAGAGGUGCCCUGGUGCGCCCUCCGUCUGCGACAUUCAGCUAAACCAGGUGUCACCUGCUGACUUCACCAUCCUCAGUGACGUGCUGCCUAUGUUCAGUGUGGACUUCAGCAAGCAAGUCAGUAGCUCAGCAGCCUGCCAUAGCAGGCAGUUUGAACCGCUAGUGUCUGGCCGAGCUCAGGUGGUUCUCUCCUGGUGGGACAUUGAAAUGGACCCUGAGGGGAAGAUCAAGUGCACCAUGGCCCCCUUCUGGGCACACUCAAAUCCAGAGGAGCUCCAGUGGCGGGACCACUGGAUGCAGUGUGUGUACUUCCUGCCACAGGAGGAGCCCGUUGUCCAGGGCUCAGCCCUCUGCCUGGUAGCCCACCACGACGACUACUGUGUGUGGUACAGCCUCCAGAAGACCAGUCCUGAAAAGAAUGAGAGAGUCCACCCAGUGCGCCCCGUGUGUGACUGCCAGGCUCACCUGCUCUGGAACCGGCCUCGGUUUGGAGAGAUCAAUGAUUGGAACAGAACUGAGCAAUACAUCCAGGCCCUGAGGACGGCGCUGAAGCCGGAUAGUGUCUGCCUGUGCGUCAGUGAUGGCAGUCUGCUGUCCAUGCUGGCCUAUCACCUUGGGGCGGAGCAGGUAUUUACAGUAGAGAAUUCAGCAGCUUCUCAUAGACUGAUGAAAAAAAUCUUCAGGGCCAACCACUUGGAAGACAAAAUUAAUAUAAUAGAGAAACGGCCUGAAUUAUUAACACCUGCAGACUUGGAGGGUAAAAAGGUUUCUCUCCUCCUGGGUGAGCCAUUCUUCACCACCAGCCUGCUUCCGUGGCACAACUUGUACUUCUGGUAUGUGCGGACUGCUGUGGACCAACACCUGGGGCCUGGCGCUGUGGUGAUGCCCCAGGCCGCCUCGCUGCACGUGAUGGUCGUGGAGUUCAGGGACCUAUGGCGCAUCCGGAGCCCCUGUGGUGACUGUGAAGGCUUCGAUGUGCACAUCAUGGAUGACAUGAUUAAGCGCGCCCUGGACUUCAGAGAGAGCAAGGAGGCUGAGCCUCACCCUCUGUGGGAGUACCCGUGCCGCAGCCUCUCCAAGCCCCAGCAGAUCCUGACCUUUGAUUUUCGGCAGCCAGUCCCCCUACAGCCUGUCCAUGCUGAGGGCACCAUCGAGCUGAGAAGGCGCGGGAGGAGCCACGGAGCUGUCCUGUGGAUGGAAUACCACCUGACCGCGGACAGCACAGUCAGCACCGGCCUCCUGAAGCCUGCAGAGGAUGAGGGGGACUGCUGCUGGAACCCCCACUGUAAGCAGGCCGUGUACUUCUUCAACACCACACUCGACCUCAGAGUGCCGCUGGGUGGCCCACAGACCGUCACCUACACUGUGGAGUUCCGCCCCCACACUGGAGAUAUCACCAUGGAUUUCACGCUCUCAGAUGCGUUGGACCGUGGGUGCUGACCCUCACUUGUUGAGAAAUAAAGUGGAGGAGGGCUCUGGGCUCUGAAUGAUGGCUUUCCGUGGAGAAAAGUGAAGACACCUUGCCUUUCAGGAUCCGUCUUGGCCUCGGGGAUUGGAGGAGACCACUUCCCGUUUUGUGUUUUUGCACUGCUGGGUCCUUGCUCCAGAAAUGGCAGGAAGUGGGGAUUACUUUGGAACUGAGAAGGCGCCAAGGAGCCUACCCGCAGUGGCUUUUAAAGUGCUCAGAGAGCUUCCUGGCCACAGUGUCGCUCCUGCGCUCCCUGGGAGGGAGCCAGGGCUGACUGGGCUGGGUGGGUCUGCUAUUCUUCUGGAGCUGGGCCAGCCUGGCCUUGCGCUCUGGGGGCCUUUGAGUCCACCUGCCCACUCCAGCUCAGAGAGGCUACUAUGGGCAGAGUUACUGAUGUGGCUGGGCUCUGGGUCUUGAAGACCCUGGUAGGGCCAGACUGAGGACCAAGUUCAGACUCUUUUUGUUUGCUAGGUAAUGGCCCCAAUCCACAUUUGUAAAGGUUUGGCCUCCGUGUGCAGCAGCAGCAGGUGACCAAGACCAGCACCUGGACACCAUGCUGCUCUUCUGAAGUCAGGGAGGAGGCUGUCCCAGAGCAGUUCAGACGCAGAUCCAGGAUACCAGCCGGCAGGAGGAGGGAGCCCGAAGGUACAGCCCUUUCCCACGUGCCCCCUUCUAGCAAAAGGAGCUUAUCCCACAGCAGUCUGAGCAGAUGGGUAGGUACUAGUGCAGGCACCCCAGCUUCACCUUGCCAGAGACGGGCAGGGAGUCCCAAGGAGGCCCAGCCUGGUUUCUUCCCACACACAAGGUCUUGUUCUGCUGUUUACUCUAGUUCCACAGGGAGUAAGUAAGAGAACCCAAGUGGCCUGGUUUUUGAGUGGUUCAGGGCAGACUCAGACUGUGCUUAUCCCAUGGGGAAGGGCAGGAAAGGUAGGCCUCCACGGCGGUCUCCCCAUUGCCCCACCUGGCCACCUUGCCUGCUGGAGUCAGAACAGGGUCCAGACCAGCUUUUCACUCAAAUAAGUGCAGAACACCAGCCUUGAGCCUCACAGUUUUAUUUUUUUUUUUCCUCAUUAUCCAUCCUUCUUUUCAGCACCAGUAAAGGAAAAAAAAAACACUUCUCUUUUCAAAAUA